AUGACACCAUGUAUCCAUAUACAGGAUCUCCGCAGCGCUGCGGGACUAUAAAUGGGCAGCGGGCGAGGACUACAGGCUCUGUGCAUCGCCGCAGCCGCUCCCACACACACACACACACACCAUGCCCCGGGUGGACAGCGACCUCAAACUAGACUUCACCGAUGUCCUGGUGAGACCCAAACGGAGCAGCUUAAAGAGCAGAUCAGAGGUGGACCUGAAGCGAACCUUCACGUUUCGGAACUCCAAGCAGACCUACAAUGGAAUCCCCAUCAUCGCGGCCAACAUGGACACAGUGGGAACGUUCAAAAUGGCCGAGGUUUUAAGUAAGUUCGCCAUGUUUAUCACCAUUCACAAACACUACACUCUCGAGGAAUGGAAGGCGUUUGCAGCUUCUCACCCUGAAUGUCUUGAGCACGUGGCUGUCAGCUCGGGUACAAGCCAGGCAGACUUGGAAAAGCUGUGUAAGAUCCUGGAGUCUAUUCCAGCCAUCAACUACAUCUGCCUAGACGUUGCUAACGGUUACUCCGAGUACUUUGUGGAAUCUGUCAAAACUGUUCGGUCCAAGUUCCCAAAACACACCAUCAUGGCUGGCAACGUGGUAACGGGGGAAAUGGUGGAAGAGCUGAUUCUCGCAGGAGCUGACGUGAUUAAAGUGGGCAUCGGGCCAGGCUCUGUGUGCACGACUCGAAUCAAAACGGGGGUGGGCUACCCCCAGCUGAGUGCGGUUAUUGAGUGCGCCGACUCUGCCCACGGUCUCAAAGGCCACAUCAUCUCCGAUGGAGGCUGCAGCUGUCCUGGUGAUGUUGCCAAAGCAUUUGGAGCGGGAGCGGACUUUGUGAUGCUGGGCGGGAUGUUUGCAGGCCAUGACCAGUGUGCCGGGGAAGUCAUCGAGAAGGACGGCAGGAAGGUGAAACUCUUCUAUGGAAUGAGCUCGGACACGGCCAUGAAGAAGCACGCGGGCGGCGUGGCGGAGUACAGGGCUUCGGAAGGCAGGACGGUGGAGGUUCCAUACAAAGGGGACGUGGAGAAGACUAUCCUGGACAUUCUGGGCGGUUUACGGUCCACGUGUACGUACGUGGGAGCCGCCAAGCUGAAGGAGCUGAGUCGAAGGACAACCUUCAUCCGGGUGACCCGUCAGUACAACCAAACGUUCCCUUAGCCUGCCUCGUCACGGACAAACUAACCGGGAGUUUAAUUUCUCUGCGGCUCCCCUCAUUCAACAUGAUGUACUUGAAUAUAAUUCGUAACCUUGCACGCUGUGUUAAUAUUUCCCAGAUUUUAAAAAAAUUGCCUGCAGGACGUAUAGAGCUGGUCUUCUACGGCUUAGAGCGGCAGCGUGGCGCAGCGGUAGAGUUGCUGCCUCGCUGCGCCAGAGACCCGGGUUCGAUCCCCACUACGGGUGCUGCCUGUACGGAGUUUGUACGUUAUCCCCGUGACCUGUGUGGGUUUUCUCCGGGUGCUCCGGUUUCCUCCCACACUCCGAAGACGUGCAGGUUUGUAGGUUAAUUGGCUUGGUAUAAAUGUAAAUUGUCCCCAGUGUGUGUAGGAUGGUGUUAGUGUGCGGGGAUCGCUGGGUGGGCUGAAGGACCUGUUUCCGCGCUGUAUCUCUGAACUAAAAUAAACUAAACUGCAGCUGUCUUCCACUGUGCCGUCUAAAAUAUUCUGGCAGUUCUUUACUGUGCUAUUUUUGGCUUGUAAGCUACAUUGAACCCCCCCAAUAUUAGGUUGCCCUCUUUUUUACCUCCCCCCUCUACCCGACUAUUUCAUCCCACCACCCCGCCCCGUCCCCCCUUUACCCCCUUCCACCUUUCCCAUUCCACUUCUCCCCUUCCCUCCGGAUUCACAUUUCAUUCUUCUUUUUAUCCCUAUCCUUCACCCUUUUGUCCUCUUUUCAUCUCUAGUCCUUAUCCACCCGUCUGCCAGUGAACCCCCUCUCAGCUAUAUCCACAUAUCACUUAAGAAAGGUGACGUCUCGGGUCGAGACCCUUCUUCAGAGCUUCAGGGUCUGGAGAAGGAUCCCGAGCGUGAAACGUCGCCGAUGCCUUUUCUCCAGAGACGCUGCCUGACCCGCUGAGUUACUCCAGCACUUUGUGUCUAUCUUCGGUGCAAAGCGGCAUCUGCGGUUCCUUCCUGCACAUCCGCCCAUCACUUGUCCCGCUCCCUCCUCUGUAUUCCAGCUUUCUCCACACCCCACCCCCAACAAGAUUAGUCUGAAGGAAGGUCCCGAUAUGAAACGUCGCUUAACCAUGUCUACCAGAGAUGCUGUCUGACUCGCUUAGUUAGUCCAGCAUGGCAUUUUCUUUAAUAAAGUCACAAUGAUGCAAAAAGGACACAGAGUGCUGGAGUAACUCGGCAGGUCAGGCAGCAUCUCUGGAGACCAUGGAUAGAUGAUGUUUCGGGUCGGCACCUAACUUCAACCAUGUGUUUUAUUUUUAUCCACUGAAGAUUAUAUUUUGAUGUGAAAAUCAGCAAUUGCUUCAACCAAAAAUGAAUGUACAGCAAUUAUUUUAUUACCAAAUGGACUGCUUAGGAAUAUACAAUUAUGAAUGCGAGAAAUCUAAUUUAUUUCAAGCAGAAUUUUAAAUAUAUAAAUUCUUAUGUGUUUGUAAUGUUUGAGGAUGUGAAAUAAAAAUGAUUUACUUCAAA